AGAAAGAAAGGUUACAAGUUACAACUAACAAUAAUGGAGAUGAUACCGAUGGAACAGUACUAUAGCCAUUUCAGCCAUCGCCACCCAUUAAAGAUCUCCGAUGUAGAAGAAGAGGACCAAGUCAUCUGCUCCGGCUGCGAGCACGAUCUCUCCGGCGGCUCCGCCUACGCGUGCACCAAAAUGAACUGCAACUUCAUCCUCCACGAUUCUUGUUUCGAGUUGCCAAGGCAAAUUAAGCACAAGUCUCACCCAAAACACACUUUAACUCUCCUCUUCUUUCCUCCUUACGACGACGGAGAAUUCACGUGCGACGCUUGUGGGAAUUCGGGUCAUGCUUUUACGUUUCAUUGUGAGAAAUGUAAGUUUGAUCUUCAUGUUGAAUGUGCUUCGUUGCCGGAGAUUGAAGAGAGGAAAGAUCAUCAACAUCCUCUUACGUUGUGUUAUAGUAAUGUUUUUUUUGGGAAGGAUAAGGACGUGGAUUUGAUGUGUUAUGUUUGUCAAAGAGGUGUUGGGAAGAGUUGUUGGUUUUAUUAUUGUUUGGCUUGUAAAUGUGCUACCCAUUUGGAUUGUGUGUCUACUCAAGAAAUUCAAGUUUCAGAAAAUUGAGGAGAAAAUGUAUGCUCUUUAAGAAAUUCAAUACUAAUCGAGAGCUUCCUUUUGAUGUUAAUUACUCUACCAUUUCCAUAAAGUUUUCGAUGUUACAAGUCAUUUGUUUGAUUGACAAAUUUGCGAUUAA